UGAAGCCUCAGUCGGUGUCGUGGCAUCACAUGUGCAGCUUGUGCCAGACUGCUUUCUGUUUCACCGUGUUCUGUUGUUUUUUAGGUUAGCAGCAUCCUCCUCUGUUGUUUGUGUGUUUUUCAGUUUUCCGAAUUCCAAUUGACCGAUUAUCGUUGUAGUCGAUUUGUGUGCAUAGUGUUCGCAGUGUUUAUGAAUGACGUAGUAGACGUGUACCACUACUAAGUCAUCUGUUACUACUACACACGCACGCUCACAAUCGAUUGAGUGUGUGGUAGUGAGUGAGUGAGUGUCAGUGUAGUGGUGAUUGAUAAAAUUAUUUGUUGUUGGCUACGUAACCAAUGUGUGCCUUUUGUAUGGGAUAUAGCGUUUGACGUCUUGCUGUAUUGUUCAACGAUUUAAGAGGAGAUGAGGAUGGCCCCUGACCGUGUAUGUGACGACGAGGGCCCCUGUGCCCUAGGGGGAGGCGCGCCCCCAGGGGUGGUGGCCGGGGGUGCCAUCAGCCCCCCUCACCCGGUGGCGCUCAUCACUUCGGCCGCCCUGCACCUGCAGAUGAAGGAGGGAGAGGAGGGCGGACCUCCCCUCUCCUCACCCUCACCCACCGAGCAGAAGGGGGGAACCGAAGAUGAUGACCUAACCUCGUUGAGCUGGUUGCUACAGGAUAAGAAUAUUUUGAAAGGUAUAAAUCUGCGAACAGCUCCGUCCGGAGUGCAGGAAUCACCGACCAGCGAGGACAGUGCUAGUGAACAGGGGGAGGUGGCCGAGGGGGAAGGAGAUUCCACAUGUUCCAGUGUCAACUCGUCGAGUCCUGUGCCUCCCAGUGGAGGGGCUGGUGGUGGUGGAGGAGGAGGAGGUGGAGGAGGGGAUAGAGAGAGAGUAUUAGGAGUGACGAACUGUGUCAUGAAGAACAAGCAUCCUCAUCACAUACCCUACGAUCCCAAAGUCCAUAUAACGAGCAAACCGCCCUACUCGUUCUCGUGCCUGAUCUUCAUGGCGAUUGAGGACUCACCCGUGAAGGCGCUGCCUGUGAAGGAGAUCUACGCCUGGAUCCUCGAUCACUUCCCCUACUACAAGAACGCGCCCACCGGCUGGAAGAACUCAGUGCGUCACAACCUGUCGCUCAACAAGUGCUUCUGCAAAGUCGAAAAGGCACCUAACCUAGGCAAGGGCUCUCUAUGGAUGGUGGACCCAGUGUACAGGCCUAACCUGGUGCAAGCCCUCAAGAAAGCACCCUACCACCCCUACGCUGUCACGGGUUCUGGCUCGGAUCGGUCCACUCCCACCAGCAACUCUCAGCAACCUGACAGUUUAUCGUCAGGCGAGCACACACCGGACGACACGCCUGCACAGUCGAAGGCUGGCAGUAACGGUCGGCUACUGCCCGACCCUGACCUGUUCCCCUACCUGAGCCGGCGGCUGCUAGCGGCAGCUGCGGUGGCCGCGGUCUCCGCCGACUGCCGCUUUGACGCGGACGCGGAAGCGGAAGCGGAAGACGACGGAUCCAACUCGAGUCCGCUGGACGAUGUGGACGCGGCCGCCGCCAUGUUGGCACUCAAACACGGCCCGCAUGUGCGCAUGAGCAUGGAGCAGCGGAAAGACGAGUACCACAACCAGUUGACGGCUGUCAAUCUAACUUCCAAAACAAAAAAGAAGAGCAAAGAAGAGGAGGAGAAAGACGUGCUGAUUACAUCGUGUCCGAGUGCUGACCACACCUACAGCGUGGAACACACACAGGCGCUUCACACCGACAUGUACACGCACAGGUUCCACAGCCCAUCCAAGAAAGAUCUAAUCUCGCCUGAGAAAUCCUUCACUGACAGCCAAGACUCCAAUUCAAGUUGGGCGAUGCGAGCAGUUCGCGCGGCGAACGGCCAUCGCAGUUCACUGGGCGAUCAAGAGGAACUUCGCAAGAUAGCCGAGGGCGCCGAUGCACUUUUGAAUUUGGCGGGCUUUACCACCAGUCUGCGUAGUCGAUCACGCAGCUCCACUGCGCACCGAGCCAAACGACAACGUCUAGAGGAGGAGGAGGAGGAGGAGGAGGAGGCGUUGGUGGACGAGGAGGAGGAGGGUCGGAUGCAGGUGGAGGAGGUACAGGAGGUGGUGGAGCGAGUUCCGUUCAGGCCACGGUUGUUGAGGAAAAGCCCGCUGAAACGCGACUUGAAGAGCGAGAGACGCGAGGAACGAAAACAGCGCGAGAAAAAGGCCUGCAUGAAAGUGUUGGACUACGCGCAGGCCAUCAUGGAUUCAAUGAACGAGACCAACAACAACAACCAGCAGACUGCGUCAAAGUCGGCCGACGACAAAGUGGUCGCUGACAAAGUGGUACCACCACCAACCGAUGACAAAGUGGUGUCGUCUUCUUCCACAUCUCACCGCGGCGACAAAGCGAGACGAAAGUCGCUGUUGACCCCCGUCAAGCACUUGGCCGCCAAAGUGAAAAGGUAGGGACCGGUUUCCGGGGGUCGAGUUGUCGGCCUCUAUCUUGCGCGCUUCUCGUAGUAAAAUUAACGUAAAUAACUAGUGAAGUAGUGUGUUUUUGUGUACAUUGUUGCAGUGGUAGGUUGGGUGCAUUUGCGUUUAGGGGUUGCAGGUGGAUUUGGGGUAGCUUUGUGGAAGUCAUGUAGUAGAAAUUAGAAUCACAUAAUGCAGGAAAUAGUUGAUAUUAAAGGCUUGAUAGUCGAAUUUGGGUUCUGUUUUGUAAGAACUUAAAAGUGGCUUGAUUGUCGAAUUUGGCUUCUGUUUUGUAAGAACUCAAAAGUGGCUUGAUAGUCGAAUUUGGGUUCUGUUUUGUGAGAACUCAAAAGUGGCUUGAUAGUCGAAUUUGGGUCCUGUUUUGUAAGAACUCAAUAGUGGCUUGAUAGUCGAAUUUGGGUUCUGUUUUUUAAGAUCUUGAAAGUGUUUGAUCUGUUAAAACGCUCAUUAACACAGAGAGGCCUUGUACUGAAAAUGGCAAGCUAUGAGAUAACUCAAUAGGUUUUUUACAUGAGGAAUAAUAUGAUGGAUUCCUUGUUCUAUAAAACUUUUGAAUUUCAUCAGCUUUUUUAGAAGGAGAGAAUGAGACAGAGGUAGCUAACAGUGAGAUGUCCACACUUGAAGCAUUGUUAAAGUAUAAAAUAGUGUUUGUCUAGUGUGUGCUCAUAGUAUUGUCAGCCCUUCUUGUUUCACAGGACUUCCAAACUUUCAUGAGGGGUUUUGGAGGGAUUUGAAGGUCUCAGAUUUGAUAUAUCACUCAAUGGUCUUUUUUCGUAAAAUUGUGUAGCUAUAAAAACACUUCACUCACUUGGGCUACUUUUCAACAAAUUAAUAAAAACAAUA